AUGGAGUGGAAGGGGCUGGUGCUGGCUGCUUGCCUCCUCGUGCUCCCCUCAGCCUCAGCAGACUGCCUGUCCCGCUGCUCACUGUGUGCUGUGAAGACCCAGGAUGGGCCCAAACCCAUCGACCCCCUGAUUUGCUCCCUGGAAUGCCAGGCUGUCCUCCUACCCACUGAGGAGUGGGAGAGGUGCCAGGCCAUCCUGUCCCUUCUCACCGCCUUGCCCCCGGGGCUCAACAGUGAGGAAGACUCCGAGAGCAAGGCAGCGUUGGAGGAGGCGUACAGUGAGCUGGCCAAGCGCGGGGGGCCCUUCCUGAAAGAGCUGGAGGAAAGCGGGUUCGCCCUGGGCUCUCCGGCACAGGAGGAUGCUCUGAGCAGGAGCCUGGCCGAGAGGCUCGGGGGUCUCCCCGGCAGGAUGGAGGAGGAACCGGAGCCGGAGCUGAUGGGGGACGCUCAGCUGAAUGGUGACACCCUGGAAGCUGGAGCCCUGGAUGCCGGCGAGGAGGACCCCAGGGAGCAGGUCAAACGCUACGGGGGCUUCUUGCGCAAAUACCCCAAGCGGAGCUCCAAGGGGGCCGGGGAGGGGGAUGGGGUGGGCCACGAGGACCUAUACAAGCGCUACGGCGGCUUCCUGCGGCGCAUCCGCCCCAAGCUCAAGUGGGACAACCAGAAGCGCUACGGGGGGUUUCUCCGGCGCCAGUUCAAGGUGGUGACCCGGUCCGAGGAGGCCCCCGGCGCCUACCCCGGAGAGCUCUCUGAUGCUUAA